UUACCAUGCAUCUUUAAAAACAUUGAAAAAACAUGUCAAAUGGUCCCUUCCGGAACGUGUGUUAUUUUCUACUUUUAUUAAUUGAGUUUGUGUUAAAUACCAUAUUUAGUGUUGCUAAAAGUGUGUACAGUGUCUCUGCUUUAAUAUUGUUCAAGCUCCUUCACAUAAACAUGACCGAAAUCUCACAAAAGAAACGCAAGAACGGUAGCAACGAUUCUAACCUGUUGAAAGCUAGAACUCUCAUCGAUGCGAAUUGGCAGAAAUUCUUAUCUAGCGGUCUUAUAAAUGACAAGAAAUCCGAGAAAUCACCGCAAGAAACAACUAAACAGCACUACACGGGGACUUUCCGUCGUUCCCGCAAGAAAAAAACAAACGAACAUCAAACUUGUUACAAUGCACAAAACGGCUCGCAGAACUUAAAUAUCGACAUCGUAACGCUAAAAAACGACUUAAAUAACAAGAAUUUAGCCUCGUUCAGCGAUCAAAAGUUGAUUAAGAACCAGAGCGUGUCGAAAAACGCUAAAACCAACUUGAACGGCGUCGCCAUUAAAAAUAAUGAUCAGAAAAACAAGUUAACUAAAUUUAUUGCCAUGGAUUGUGAGAUGGUGGGCAUUGGGUAUGAUGGAAAUGAUCAUAUGCUCGCGAGAGUGUCUCUGGUUAAUAAAUUUGGUGAUUGUAUUUAUGAUAAAUUUGUUAAACCAAGAGAGGAAGUUAUUGAUUAUAGAACCAAUAUUAGUGGCGUUAGGAAAGAAGAUUUAUUGAACGGAGAUGACUUUACUAAGGUACAAAAGGAAGUAGCAGAAAUAAUAAGAGGCAAAAUCCUAGUCGGACACUCACUGAAGAAUGACUUAAGCGUUCUCUUCCUUUCCCACCCAAAAAGGAAUAUACGGGACACUGCCAGAUACAAACCGUUUAGAAAGAUAACUAAAGGCAGUACACCAUCUCUAAAACGACUAGCAAAAGAAAUACUCGGCAUAGACAUCCAACAUGCAGAACACAGCUCUGUAGAAGACGCAAGGGCAGUAAUGCAAUUAUAUUGUACAGUAGCUAAAAAUUGGGAAGCCAGUAUGAGCGAAAAAAGAGGGUAUAAUGGAAAAAUUCUCGAUGAAUCUUGA